UCACUUUUUCCAUUCAUAUCGCUCCUUAUCUGUAUUGUCUGCACCAUUUUCGAUCCUUUCGACAUUAUCAGCCAAUCAGAUUCAUCUUCUGCAUCCUCGUUUACUUCGCAUUCAAGGAUGAGCAGUAGUGAAGAAGUGUCAUGGAUUCUCUGGUUUUGUGGACUUCGCGGAAAUGAAUUCUUCUGUGAAGUAGACGAAGAGUACAUACAAGAUAGGUUCAAUCUCACUGGGCUUUCCGAACAAGUACCGAAUUUUCGAGCUGCACUUGACAUGAUCUUGGAUUUGGAACCCGUAGAUGAAAUUGCAAAUGACACAAAUGAACCUGAUAUUAUCGAACAGGCUGCAGAAAUGCUCUAUGGUCUAAUCCAUGCUCGAUAUAUCCUUACAAAUCGCGGCUUAAUAAUGAUGGGAGAUAAGUGGCUUCAAGGGGAUUUUGGUUAUUGCCCUCGUGUGUAUUGUGAUAACCAGCCCUGUCUUCCAAUCGGUCUUUCUGACAUUCCUGGUGAAGCUAUGGUUAAAAUCUAUUGCCCACGAUGCCAAGAUGUCUACACUCCAAAAUCAACCCGCCAUCAUCAUACCGAUGGUGCUUACUUUGGCACUGGCUUCCCUCAUAUGCUCUUUGCUGUUCAUCCAGAAUAUAGACCGAAACGAGCUCCUAAGCAGUUUGUUGCCAGACUGUAUGGAUUUAAGAUUCAUCCUUUGGCUUAUCAGCUUCAGUAUCAAGCAGCGGCCAAUUUUAAGGCACCAAUGAGAAGUGGCGGAUUCGGGAAACGUCAAUUAUGA